AUAAUUAUUAUAUUUAAUACAGAUUAAAUCUUGAUAAAGAUUCCAGUAACUAACGACAACUACAAAAAUGAGCCUCGAAGAAAAAAUAAACAAUUAUUUGGACUUUCGGCCCCAUCCGGAUACCAAAAACUCAUAUAUCUACAGCAAAGAUCAGAAAAAAUACUCUAUGCUUUUUAUUCGCGAUUCAUCUGACGGACUAGUAGUUCAUUACUACCGAGUCCAAGUACUCUUUAAUGCGCAAACAUACGACUUGAUGUUGCAACGUGACUCAGGUACAUUUGAAGCUCCAAACAAUUUCAAGGAAUUAAAAAGCCUAGGAGAAAAGUGCAUCUCGAUGUUCGACAUUGAAGUUUCACUAGAGAAAGUUAACUUGAAAUUUGCAUGCCUGGAGGAGAGGUACUGCAAACACAAGCAACGAUUACCAGUCAGAUUUCUUCUAAAGAUAAUCUUCGACUUAGAUAUUAUUGAAAAGGUCCUAGAAUUUUAUGAUGUUGAUUCGAGUAAUUCUUUACUGCUAGGCGUUCCGCAGGGAGCGAUUUUAUCAGUAGCGACAAAGAGUAAUCUAAUUAAAACUUCGCUUCAAAAGAGUGUCUACAACCGGCUUGUAGACAGAAAAACCAACCAGGUCGUGAGCAUGAUUGAAAUUUUUUAUCAGCAAUUGAAGACUAAAAUCGACGUGCUGGAUAAAAACACCGAAAGGUUCGAGUUAAUCCGCAGUUGCAUCCAGAACACUCAUUCGGUGUAUCACAGCCAUUAUGAAAUCGAAGUCCGGGAUGUUUUUGUAGUUAAGAGAUUCGCCGACAGAGAAAAAUUCAAACGGGACCUUGGGAACAAGAAAUUACUCUGGCAUGGAACGAGAUCGAGCAACAUCGCUUCCAUUUUAAAGAAUGGUUUUGAACUUAAUCCACCUGUUGCAGGGAAAAGCGCGACCCCGAUGUUCGGAACUGGGAUCUAUUUUACCAAUGUAGUGUCGAAAGCUGCUAAUUAUUGCGAUGCAGGCGAUCAAACUCGGGUCCAGCGGGGAGUUCUUCUGCUGUGCGAAGUUGCUCUUGGUAACAUGAUGGUCUGUAACAGAGGCCAGAAUUAUUUGAAACUGCCGCAGGGAAAAGAUUCAGUGUAUGCCAAAGGACAACUGGCACCGCAUAAAAAUUACAAGCAGAAGAUUUUGUAUAAUGUUGAAUUCGCUUAUGGGCCGCUUGUUGAAGUCCCACUUCGAAAAAGGACUAGUUUGAAGCAUGAUGAGUACGUUGUCUUUGAUCCAACACAAGUUAAAAUUAGAUAUCUUGUUUUGGUUAAUUUUAAGUAUAAUUAUUAAUAAUCGAGACACUUUUUGCAAGAAUAUUUUUAU